AUGUCAUCGCAGGCUCAACUACUACUGGAUUCGGCGGUGCGAGACGUCGACGAUCCGCUUCUACUUUAUCAUCUGAAUGCGAGUCUUAUUGAAGCGGCGAGAGAUGGUGUCAAUGCGACUGUGAAGGAUAUUUUGAGCGAGGUCGAGUCUUUUCGGAAUUUGAACGACUCGUUUUUUCUACAAGGAGUUCCAGCGAUGGAGUCGACACCCGGCAGAUCCCUUAUCCAAAACCUCUACUACUUCUACAUGCCGUUUUGUGUCUUCGUCGGACUCACUGGCAACACGAUGGUCUGGAUUUUGAUCAGAAGCAACCGAAUGCUCAGCAAACUACCGACGAACGUGUAUCUGUUGUGUCUCGCGGCAAUGUCAUCCAUCUUUUUGCUCUCGUUACUCGUGUUUUGGAUAGAAGAGGUCGCAUAUAUCUACUUCUAUGACAUUUUCCAAGACUCUCUACUUCGGAACUCAUACUACAGUUGUAUAUUCAACACGUUCUUGGCGCAUGUCUGCGAUUUCGCGUCGGUAUGGUUGAUAGUGUUGGUUGGAAUGGAGCGGUUGCUACUGUUGUACAGGAAGACAAGAGGGUUGACAGUGGAGAAAGCCCGCGCCCAAGUCUUCAUCCUCCUCGGCUUUGCCAUGAUCUUCAACAGUUGGAUCCUAUUCGUCGCGGAUAUUGAACCCGGGGGGUUAUGUGACAUCAAACUGGAGUACGUUGGGAUGUACCAGACAAUGACAAUUGUAGAGACAAUUGUUUGUAUGCUCGUACCAUCUGUAUUGAUUAUUGCGUGCAACUGUCUAGUGGUCAGCAAGUUGAACAGUCAUAUUAAAAAGAACCCCGGAUCGCCUGCUGUGUCCUUCAACACCGCAGAUAUUGUGUUGACUACCCAGACAUCCGCUCCGAACAGCACGUUAAAGAGUUAUACGCGAAUCUCCAGCAGAUUCUCGAUUGACGUGGAGAAGACACCAAAGAAGAAGAAGAAGGGAAUAAGAUAUACUGAUAUUCAGUUGACCAGGUCGUUGUUGGUUGUGACUUGGGCAUUUAUUCUGCUUAACAUCCCGAAUUAUGGAUAUAGAAUCGCCAGUAUAUUGUUUGGGGUCCCGGAGCAGAACUCCCUCAUGACCGCCAUCUCAUUGGGUGCCCAUGUCUUCCUCUACACCCAUCACGCCUUCCUCUUCUACUUGUACAUUUUCUACUCGCCUCAAAUGAAGCGAAGGUUGAAGCCGACAGCGAUGAAGCUGUUGGAAUGUUAUUGUUUUAAGCCACCCGGUGAUUAUACUGAUCAUACUUGA